AUGACCACUGGUAAAGUCAUAUUCAUCUUCAUUGCCGUCGCUUCGUCACGCUUCUUCAUCGUUUUCUCUCUCCGGCUACUGUCCGGUGAUCAUUACUGUGACCUUACGCGCCUACCGUCCCCACAAGCUCUCCGAUCAGAUCAAUUCACUGUGUUGAUCAACGGCUACUCGGAAUCUCGCAUUCCGAUCCUGCAGACAGUCACCGGAGUGUAUUCAAGUUCUCCGUCUGUAGCUGCCGUGGUUGUGUUAUGGGGAAACCCUACAACGCCCGCAAAAACCCUAGUGGAACUCUCACAUAACCUCUCGAUCUCGUCUCCUGGAGACGCGCCGAUCUCAGUUAUCCGACAACCGUCGUCUAGUCUCAACGCCCGGUUCCUCCCCCGCCCAUGGAUUUCCACACGCGCCGUCCUGAUCUGCGACGACGACAUCGAGGUCGACCCAAAAUCGAUCCAAUUCGCUUUUGAGAUCUGGAAGAGUCGCUCGAACAAUCCAGAACAACUCGUGGGACUGUUCGCCAGAUCUCACGAGCUAGACCUCACCAGCCGUACAUGGAUUUACACCGUCCACCCCAAUCGCUACUCGAUCUUACUCACAAAGUUCAUGUUUAUGAAAACUGAGUAUUUAUACGAGUACAGCUGCGAAGGAGGUGAAUCAAUGGCGCAGGCGAGAUCAAUCGUGGAUGAGAUGAGGAAUUGCGAAGACAUACUGAUGAAUUUCGUUGCAGCAAACAAGACGGGUAUGGGACCGGUUCUUGUCGGGGCUAAAAGGGUGAGGGAUUGGGGGGACGCCAGGAACGAAGGUGUAAGACGGCGGGGGCGGGGAUUGAGAGCGGCGGGAGAGGAGGUGGCGGUGGGGUUGAGUAGUAGAAAAAAGGGUCAUAGAAGAAGGAGAGGAGAUUGUAUAAAAGAGUUUCAUAGGGUUUUGGGGAAGAUGCCAUUGACGUACAGCUAUGGAAAGAUGGUUGAUUCGAUUGGAGAGCAAGGGCUUUGUGAGAAAGGUGGGAAAUUGGUGUUUUGUGAUCAACAAACAGUUUUCUAA